AUGUCUUCCGUGAAAGCAUCGGGGUUGGAAAUGCAGGAUACGGAGCUCCAAUAUUUGGAUAGAGAGGGGGCUCCUGACCAAAAGGCUGGAACGACGUUGGGAACGGUUAUUGAUGACCAUGAUAUGCAACGGAUGGGCAAAGCCCAGGAGCUCAAGAGAAAUUUGCGACCUGUCGCUGCUUUGAGUUUUGCGUCUGUUUUGCAAGCCACGUGGGAAUUCAUUUUAAUGUCAGUAUUCUCUGUCGCCGUGCAGAACAGUCAUCUAACAGAUUCCAGCUCUAAUUAUGAAGGUUUGUACAAUGGAGGCUUGCCGGGUUUGUUCUAUUCCUAUGUAUGGACAUUUGUCGGAUUCGGAUUCAUUAUCGCCUCGAUCUCGGAAAUGGCGUCUAUGGCACCCACAUCGGGUGGUCAGUACCAUUGGGUGUCCGAGUGGUCUUCGCCCCGGUAUCAGAAAUUCCUCAGUUAUAUCACAGGCUGGAUGUCAGUUCUAGCUUGGCAGGCUGGAGCAGCAUCUGGUUCGUUUCUCACGGGUACUAUCAUCCAGGGACUGAUCAGCGUCCGAGACCCGGACUAUGAGCCCCAGAACUGGCAGGGUACCCUAUUCGUUUUUGCCAUGGUCUUGGUGAUUUAUAUUUUCAAUGUCUAUGCAUCAGACAUUAUGCCCAUUCUGAACAACCUGUUGAUGAUUCUUCACGUCUUAUCAUGGGCAGUCAUCCUGAUCGUUCUCUGGGCUAUGGCCCCUCGCCGAUCUGCCGAAGCAGUUUUCCUUACCGAAUGGAAGAAUCUCGGAGGCUGGUCUUCAAUGGGACUGAGUGUGAUGAUUGGACAAAUUUCGGCCAUCUAUGGUUCCCUGAGCUCGGACGCAGCAGCGCAUAUGUCUGAAGAAGUGAAAGAUGCAGCUCUAAAUGUCCCCACUGCCAUUGCUUGGGGUUACUUCAGCAACGGGAUCAUGGCCAUUAUAUUGAUCGUCACAUAUUUAUUCGCCACACCUUCAGUGGAAGACUCCCUCAAUGACCCCACAGGAUUCCCAUUUCUCUAUGUUUUCAAACAAGCGACCUCGGUGGCAGGUGUGAAUGGCCUGACGGCGAUCAUUCUUCUUCCCGUGAUCUUCAGCAACAUUUUCUUCAAUGCCUCUACCUCCCGGCAGACCUUCGCCUUCGCCCGAGACAACGGUCUUCCAUUCGCGAAAUGGAUCAGCAAAGUCGACCCCCGUCGUCAAAUUCCCGUGAAUGCAAUCGGGCUCUCAUGCAUCAUCAGCUGCGCCCUUUCCCUGAUCAACAUCGGGUCCGAGACGGCAUUCAACGCUAUCAUUUCCCUCAAUGUCGCUGCUCUGAUGUACACCUACAUCAUCUCGAUCACCUGCGUGAUCUAUCGCAAAAUCUGGCAUCCCGAUACCCUUCCACCUCGGCGGUGGGAUAUGGGCCGGUGGGGACUGGCCGUCAACAUCAUUGCACUCCUGUACAGCUGGUUCGCGCUCUUUUGGGCUCUAUGGCCUGGAGACAGGGAAGUCACACGAGAAAACUUCAACUGGAGCGUGGUUAUCUUUGCUGGUGUUUUUAUAAUCAGCAUCGGUAUGUAUUUUGUGAAAGGAAGGAGGGAGUACGUUGGUCCUUCGGCCAUUGUUCAGAAUGAUGAAAGUCGGUGA